GUCUGUCUACCUCACGUGUCUGAAUUCAUCCCCAUUGGCAGAGUUCGUGUCUGUAUAUAAACCCCUAGUCGUCUUACGUUUCUGUGUCCAUUCGAGUUCGAGAGGUGAACAAGUUCAAGGCUUGGGAGAAAAGGUCGCGGAGGAAGACGAACAGAGUCGAGAAGAGAGAGGGAGAGAGAAGAUGAAGAAGGCGCAGUUGGGGUUACCAGCGGGGUUCAGGUUCCACCCCACGGACGACGAGCUGGUGAACCAUUACUUGAUUCGCAAGUGCUCUUCUCUCCCCAUCUCCGCCCCCAUCAUUGCCGAGAUCGAUCUCUACAAGUUCGACCCUUGGGACCUUCCUGAAAUGGCUCUGUACGGCGAAAAGGAAUGGUAUUUCUUUUCUCCGAGGGACCGCAAGUACCCCAACGGGUCCCGGCCGAACCGGGCAGCGGGAACCGGGUACUGGAAGGCGACUGGAGCCGACAAGCCGAUCGGCCGCCCCAAGACGCUCGGCGUAAAAAAGGCGCUCGUGUUUUACGCCGGGAAAGCUCCGAAAGGAGUGAAGACCAAUUGGAUCAUGCACGAGUAUCGCCUUGCCAAUGUCGAUAGAUCCGCCGGCAAGAAGAAGAACUUGAGGCUUGAUGAUUGGGUUUUAUGCCGGAUAUACAACAAGAAGGGCAUCAUAGAGAAGCAUUUCCCCUCCACGCACACUAAAACGGCAGAGUUCCCUGAAAUGGAGACCAAGCCGCAGAUUGUCAUGCCGGCGGGGCUGAACCCUUACAGCACACAUCCACAAUAUGGGCCUUCGCCAAUGACUACGGAUCACAUGUACAUGGACUCAUCAGAGUCGGUGCCGAGGCUGCUCACGGAUUCUAGCUGCUCAGAGCACACGGUGUCCCCAGACUCGGCAUGUGAGAAGGAAGUGCAGAGCGAGGCGAAGUGGGACGACUGGGAGAAGGCACUCGACUUCCAGUUCAGUUCAAUGGAUAACUUCUUGGACGAUGCUUUCCCGCAAGGACAGUUUCAGCUGGAUCAGUUCGCGCCUCUUCAGGACAUGUCCAUGUACUUGCAGAAGUCAUUCUGAUUAAAUCUGUUGAGUAACACAGAAGUCGGAUAACCAAAUUGAAAUUGAAUGAUCCACUGGCAUGGCGAUCGAUCAAGACAAUCUCUGUCUUGGACAGAUUGCUCAUGUUGGGGCUACAGACUAGAAUUAGUCCUAGGAUUUUGCUUUGCUGGGUUUUGCCACAGAGAAGCAAGUCUUGAGGCGCAUCCAGUAGCACAGCGAAACCAAUCCGUCCGGCUCUAAAUUGACUGAGCAGCGGACGUGCCGCAAUCUUGACGUGUCUGCGAUGGUCAGUACAAUUAGUGUUUUGGAUGGUGAUACCUCCUUUCCUGACCUGUAAAUAAGUGAUGAAAGUCCCUAAGGAACUUGUUUGCUGUAAGAUUGAAGCGAACUUGUUUCAAUAUCUUAUUUAGUGAAAGAUUAUUUCAGUUUUAUUCUUGAUC